ACAUCCGGAAAACUCCUGUCACAUGACAACCAUUCUCUUGUCAGGAUGGCGGAUGAUCUGCCUACGGAGUUUGAUGUUGUCAUCCUCGGGACUGGCCUACCCGAGUCCAUCAUUGCUGCUGCAUGCACCAGAAUUGGACAACGGGUUCUUCAUAUAGAUGCGAGGAAUUACUAUGGUGGGAAUUGGGCCAGCUUUACAUUUUCAGGGUUACAGACCUGGAUUGAAAACUGUAAGCAAGAACUGAACACUGAAUUAGCUGCAGCAUGUAAGGGUCAAGCCUUAGACAAUGAAGAAAUAAUUCCAUUCAACAAGAGAAACCAAACUAUUCAGAACAUUGAGGUCUUCUGUUACUCCAGUACUGAAGAUGGAGAAGCUGUAGAAGAAGCCGGAGCACUUAACAUAAACUCUGCACUACUAACCACUGUUACCAGUUCAGAUGGUCAAGAAAACUCCUCUAUAGAUAUUAGUAAAAAUCACACAUCAACAGAACAAAAUGACAGUCCUGAAGGAAGAAGUGAUUUGGAAGAGGCAACCAAUAGUGACCAAAGGUCAGCAGAUUCUACUCUGGAGACUGGUACCAUAGUAGAGGUGGAACCAUCCCUAACCCAGGCCAUCCAGCAGGACUCGCCUAAAACCAUUACCUAUUCCCAGAUUGUGAAAGAAGGAAGAAGAUUUAAUGUUGAUUUAGUGUCAAAGUUUCUGUAUUCUCGAGGACUGUUAAUUGAGCUUCUCAUCAAAUCAAAUGUUAGCCGUUACACUGAGUUUAAGAAUGUCACCCGGAUUUUAACUUAUCACAAUGGCAAAAUUGAGCAGGUACCUUGUUCAAGAGCAGAUGUAUUUGCUAGUAAACAACUUUCCAUGGUAGAAAAGAGGAUAUUGAUGAAAUUUCUAAUGCACUACAUAGACUAUGAGCUUCACCCUGAAGACUAUCAAGAUUAUGAAAAUUCAACUUUUUUAGAGUUUUUAAAGUCCAAACAGUUGACUCCAACUUUGCAGCACUUUGUUCUGUACUCCAUUGCGAUGGUGCCAGAAAAUGCCAAAACCAUAGAAGGGUUGAAAGCAAUGCAACAUUUCCUUAGGUGCCUUGGACGAUAUGGCAAUACUCCUUUUCUCUUCCCUAUGUAUGGCUUGGGAGAGAUUCCUCAGUGCUUCUGCAGGAUGUGUGCCGUAUUCGGAGGAGUCUAUUGUCUUCACCAUUCGCUGGAGUGCCUAGUAGUUGAUGGAGAUUCAAAGCUGUGUAAAGCUGUCAUUGACCAUAGAGGUAAACGAGUAGACUGCAAAUACGUGAUUGUGGAGGAUAGCUACCUUCCUGAGCAGAUCUGUGCAAAUGUAUCAUACAAACAAAUCUCCAGAGCAGUCCUUAUUACAGACUGUUCUAUACUGAACACGGAAUCCAACCAAGAGAUUUCAGUCUUAACAUUUCCACCAGCAGACAAAGGACAAACUGCUGUGUACAUAACUGAACUCUGCUCUUCAACGAUGACUUGCAUGAAAAACACAUACCUUGUCCAUCUUACAUGUUCAUCCACAAAACCAACAGCCAAAGAAGAUCUGGAACCGGUUGUACAGCAAUUAUUUACUCUGAGCACAGAGAACGAUAUUGAAGCAAAUGACCGUACAAAACCAAAAGUUCUUUGGGCUCUGUAUUUUAACAUGAGGGAUUCCUCUGGUGUACCACGUCAGUCUUACGCUGGACUUCCCCCAAAUGUGUAUGUUUGCAGUGGGCCAGACCAUUGCUUUGGAAAUGAUCAUGCGGUUCAACAGGCAGAAAAUCUAUUCCAUGAGCUUUACCCAAGUGAGGAAUUCUGCCCGCCAGCUCCAAACCCAGAAGACAUUAUCUAUGAUGGAGAGUGUGCUCAGCAAGAACCAAGUGAAUCUAGCAUACCUGUAGACUCAAAAGCAGAAGCUUCUGCUGAAAAUGAAACUGUAGUAGAAUCAUAUGAAGACUCAGAAGCACAGAAGGCAGAAUAGCUGUUCAUUGCCUGGAUGCAUGUAACUUAUUUCCAGAUCUCAUGCCACCAGCCAUUCCUGUAUGAGUACCAAUGUAAGGGCUGUUAAGACUACGCAUAUCCUAAUGCAGUUUAUAUCCAAGUAUAUGGAUAAAGAAUGUCAAGUAUAACUGUGCCUGCAAAUUCCUUCAUCUGUAAUGUUUUUCUUGGAAGACAGUUUACAAGGGUCCAUAUUUCCUGUAUAAUUAAUGUAUCAGUUGUAUGAGCCUGUUUUUCCUGAACUUUGCAUUGUUAACAAGGAAAUUAAUUCACUUCACAGGAGAUUGUGAAUAAAAUGAAUCUAAGUUAUAGACUUUGA